UGGCACACACAUAACCUAUAAAAAAGUGAGGUUAUGGUAGCCAUGUUAUGAUUUUAUUUUAUAGAAAUAAAUUUAUUUCGACCAAGAAUUAAUUAAUUAAAAAAGAAAACAAUAUGGUACAGAAAAAAAUACGUAUCUGUGAAUUAUAUUUCUUUUAGUAUAUGUUUAGUACAAUGAAUACUUUUACUUUUUGAGUGCCAUAUCCUAGCAUAUCAUAGACAAGUCGGGGGUUUUAAUUUUAGCCGAUUUUAGCUUUGUAUCAAAUCCAUCAACCAACAAUGCUUGCAAGACAGAUAUAUAGAAAUGUUAUUAGGUAUUUUUCUAGAAGCCCUCAAUAUUUAAAAGUUUAUGAAGGUGAAGGAAAAACUACUUUACAUAUAAUGAACAAAGAUGAAGAACUUGGUCUUAUGAUAAAUGGUUAUAGUCAGGCUGGCUUUAGAUUGAACAACAAUAUGACUGUUCUAGGCCCUAUGAUUAUAUUUUCAAGAUCAGUUCUCGCUUGGAAUAUUGAUGAUAUAACUGAUGUAACAGAAGAUUCUCUUUGUUUAUUCAAAAUAUUAGAACCCAAAAUAGACAUUAUAGUUUUAGGUACUGGUGAUAAAAUAGAUAAUCACAACUUUUUUAAAAAUUUGUUAGUAUUUUCAAAAAAACAUAGAAUUUCCUUUGAAAUCUUGCCAACGGAAGCUGCUUGCCCUACAUUUAAUUUUCUAAAUGCUGAAGGGCGUAAUGUAGUUGGAGCUAUGAUACCUCCACAGACAUUCACAUAUACAGAAGAUGAUGAGUUAACGACAAAGUUGCGAUAUCAAAAUCUGUAUGAGAAUAAUUAAUAUUUUAGAUAAUAAAUUGUUAGCAUUA